AUGUUCAGAUCCACCUCAGGCGGCGCAGUCAAGGAUCUCGUUCACAAGUGCCUCUUCGGCUCUCCCGCCCGGGACGAACUGAGCUGGCUGCCUCCCACUUUGGCCGAGGAGAGGGCGGGGCGGCUGGCCAAGGAGGCCGCCGCGCUGGAGGCCGCGCAGGCGGCGGCGAGGCGGCCCCCGCCGGGCCGGAGUGUGGCAGCGGCGAUGACGCUUCAGGCAUCGCAGACCCGCUCCGAGAGAGCGGCCCACGGCAACGAUUGGGUCAGGGAGCUGAUGAUCGAGGCGCGGCAGCAGCGCACGCCGCCAGCCCGCGGGGCAGCCCCGACCCUGCUGGCGCCAGAGCCCACUUGGGACCGGCAGCGUACACUCAAGCGCUCUUCGCCAGUGAAGGCACCAGCGACUGUGCAGCGGGCCCCAGAGGAGGUCGCCCCAGCGUCGCCUGCGCCGGCCCCGCUGCCGACAGAGGCCGCCGGGGCGACCGCCGCGCUCGCCAGCCAGGAUGAGCCGCAGGCCCCCGAGCCGCCCGCCGCCGCCCCAGCGCCGCCGCGCGCCGCCGAUGAUGCGCCGCAGCCUGCCGGCUCGCGGCUCGGCGGCUCGGCGAAGGCGCCGCCCCGCGACGAGCUCGCGCGGCGGGGCGCGGGCGCGGCGGGGCGCCGCUCGAGGCCGGGCGCCGCGAUUGCGCGGGACGCGGGCGCGGCAGCUGCACGCGAAGAGGCCGGGGCAGAGGCCCGCCGUGAGGGUGCCGCCGCCGCGCAGCCGCCCGAGGCAGGGCCGCCGCAGGGCGCCGAGGCCGAGGCCGAGCGCCGGGCCGCCAGCCUCGCCUGGGGCGGGCAGGCGCCCGCGGGCCUCCUCGCCCGCGGGCUGCGCGCCGAGGCCCCCCUGGCAGGCGGCGCGGUCGCCGCGCCGCCGCGGGCCGCGGUGCGAGGGGGCCAGGGCGCCCUCUCGGCGAGGAAGGCGGGGCUCGAGGACGAAGCGAAGGAGAAGGCAGUCCGAGAGGGCCAGGGCUCUCACCCCGAGCGGGAAGUGGAGCUCGAGGACGAGGCGAAGGGGAAGGUGGUGAGAGAGGGCCAGGGCGCCCUCCCGGAGCAGAAGGCGGAGCUCGAGGACGAGGCGAAGGGCAAGGUGGCCGAAAGACAAGAGAAACUGGUACAACUUUAAACGGAGAAGGUUAAAGGCGAGGUAUAAAUCGAGCAUGUACCGCUGCCGUGCCUGGCUCAAACCGGGCCCGGCAUGAUAUGUGACUGUUGUCAUACAUGCGGUAGCACAGAGCAUUUCCUGGGAUAUGGGAGCGCCUAAGGCGGACUACAUACCUAAGCUUACCAGCCUGUUUUCGACUGUACAACCAUGGGUUUCUGGAGGUCCGCGCGGAUUGUUUGGAUGGGGUCUGGAUCCCCCCUGGCGUUCUUGUCGCGCCAGGGAGGGCCCAGCGCCGAUCCAAGAAAUAUAUGCUGGCCUUGGGAAGUUUAUGCUGGUGCCGCUGAUUUCUCUUCUAGGUGAGGAUGGGCGCGGGCGAGCUCGGGGUACCUCGCACUAGCGGCAGCGCUGUCAACUGCCGCCUGAUCCUCAUCAUCCCAGGGUUGCUGCUCUUGUUCUGGAGGUGCGCGUCUGUCCGGCAGCGGUCUGUGUAAGAUUUGUUGUAGGGGAACGGGCCCGUCUGCGAGCGCAUGCUGCAUGAUAAAGCGUUGCCGGGCCAACGCGUCGGCCAUUGCAACACGCAGUCCGCGCAAUCUCUUAUAAGUGCGCCUACUGGUACGACCCUUGCCGGAGCAUUCACCAGUGCGCUCUCGGCGAACAUGUUCGGCACGUACUUACGGCAUUGCAGAUCUUGUUAUGAAAUUCGCAGAUUUGUGUUACUUGCGUGCCAGAGUGCAUCCGCAAGCACACUUCACAUGGAGCGCGUCAGUUGAAGCCUCAAUUCCUGCGUUUCCCCAAGGCCGCACCUGUAUUGUCUGACAUGCGAAACACUUCGUUUCAGAAUAAGAGUAACGUGCGCCGCAGUCAAAACAG